CGUCGACCCACCAUGGCGCACGUCCUCCGUUGGCUCCUUCUGGUUGCGUGUCUUGUGCUCCAAGUGACAUGCGAAUUGCCCACGGACCUCCGCGUCCGCCGUGAAAUGGUCCCUGUGGGGAAGCCCCAUCCGAAUGCGAAUGGGGAAAUCGUGCAAGACACCCAAGAAGUCAUCACGGUGGUGGACCCCGAAGAGGAAAAGGAGAACCGCGACAAGCAAGCUAGUGGUGUGGUGGUCAAGGGAGGAAAGUUCAAGGCGCGUCGGCAAUUUAUCUUCACAGGAAUUGCAGCGGUGGUCAAAGGCGUGACACUUGCGGCAAAGUUGACCAAAGCAGUGUCGGUUGGCGCCAAAGCCGUCAAGGUGGGGGCAACUGCCGCAAAGAUGGGUAAAGUGGCCACGGGGGCAGGCAAAGUGGCGGCCAAGGCAAAGAAGGUGGGGGCAGUCCUCAAUAAGGUGCAAGGUGUUGCGAACAAGGUGCACAAGGUGGCCAACAAUGUUCGCAACGGAAUUAACCACGUCCGCAACGCCGUACAAAGACCUCGUGGACGCCGCCAUUAGGUCGUCAAGUAUACAGGCACCAAGGAAGAAGCAAUCCUUAUUGUGAUAUUCAUCGUGUGAUGGGAAUGCUGGGCGGAGACCCUCCAUCGCCGAAACCCAACGAGUGCGUACGCAUGCAGGGCAAACAGUCGGUAGUUUGGUCCACUACGACAGAAUCUUUUCGCGCUUCAUC